GUUGUACUUCUAAGGAUGAUUGCAUUCACCUGCGGUAUAUCGGAAAUGUAGAUGAAACCAGCUUUAACCCUGAACGAGUUGCGAGCAUUUGCGAGUAUGUAUUUUGGUACUUUUCGGUACUAAUCUGUAGUCGUCAUCAGUUGUAAUAUUUGCGUAAAGAAUUAUAGUAAAAACGUCAUAGCACAUAGGUGUGUGUAUGUGUCCAAAUGGCUUGGCUGUCAGAUAUUACAGAUAAAGUAGAAGAUCUAUUGAAUAAGAUAGAUAAAAAUAGUGCAACUGUCUUGAACAGUGAUUAUUGGAAGCGCUACGAUAAUAGUAUUAUUACAAAAUCUUCCUUGGAAACUCCAAAACAGUUUACACACGAAGAAAAUCUUCUGGAGUAUCUGAAUACAUCAUCAAAAAGUGUGACAAAAACGGCAGUAGAAUCUGGACUGUCAUCGCCAAUACCUUCGUUAUUAAUGGAACGAUCUACAGAUAAUAUAGAUUCCAUAUUGCAAUUAUCGAUUCAGAAUAAUGAACCAAAUCAAGAAAGUUCAUGUACUACUAUAAAUACAAUUGAUAAUGAAAAUUAUAGUUUUGAAAAUGAUCUACAGAUUAGAAAUAUACAUUUAAGAAAUCAAAUACAUAGAUAUCAAGAUAAUGCUUUUGAUUCACAAAUGAUACAAAGGGGAACAGAUGAUGAUCAUGCUGUGGAAGUAGUCGAGCCAAAAUAUUCAUAUGAUUCAAAAUUACAAUCAUUAGAUACAGAUGAAUUAAUGAUUUCACCUGAUUCUUUAUUAAAAUCUUCAUCUGAAACUUUAACAGAUCAUCAAAAACAAAUUGUAGUGUUAAAUAAUAAAUUGCAGUCCUUAAGAACUACAAACAUGCAAAUGUUAAAACAGAUGACAGAUUUACAAACUGUUCUUAGUAGAAGUAGAUUAGAAUUACUUUCCACUAGAUCCGAAUUAGAACAACAUAAAGCAAGAGCUUUUAGAAUAUUACAAGACAAAGAAAAGUUAAUAGCAGAGUUAAGGCGUAAUGAAUUCACAGGCAUAGAUGAUGCUACACUUGUAGAAUUAAAACAAUUGAGGCAAGAACGUGAUCUCCUCAGAGAAGAAAAUCAACAAACUCAUGAACAAUUAAGAACAGUACGUGAUGAAUUAAACAAUACUGAUCUUAAUUUAGAAAAGAUGAGGCAAAGAUAUAAUGAAGUAAAUUUAAAAUCUCAAGAAAGUCUUGCAAGUGAAAGACAAAGAAGACAAGAUGCAGAAGAAAUUGCAAGAUUACACUCAGAGGAGAUAAGGUCACUAAAAGAUGAAAUAAUUCGUCAACAAAAUAAUUAUACUAUACAAAUACAAAAACAAGAUACAGAAAUAUCUAGACUCCGUUUGCAGUUAUCUGCAACAUCCACACCAAAUAGUGAAGUAGAAUCUAGAUUAGCCGCUCUUACUCAAACUUUAGUUCAUAAGCAACAAGCUCUAGAGAACAUAACUACAGAACGUAAUGCGUUGCGUCUUCAGUUUGAAAAGUUAGAGCUCGAGUUUAGAACUAUUAUGGGAAAUUCCAAUAGAAAUGUAGCAUACAAUAAUACAAACGAUAAUGAUGAUGUAAAAACUCAAGUUCCUGUCUUUUUAAUGGAAACACCAUUUGAUACCGGUGUCACCAGACGAGUGAAGAGAGCUUAUUCUUCGUUGGAUGCUAUCAGUAUUCGUACAGGGGUCUUUUUGAGACGAUAUCCACUUGCAAGAAUUUUGGUACUAAUUUAUAUGGCAUUACUUCAAUUCUGGGUUCUUGUAGUACUCUUUUCGCAAUCGCCAGAAGCACAUUGAUAUAAAUUAACAAUAGAUAAUUGGAAAAUGUUGUUAUUUUUAUAUAGAUAUUUGGCAGAGAAGUUAAUCAUUAAUCAUAAUAGAAUUAUUUUAGUAUGUUAUACUUUGAUAUAAAUUAUUUAAUUAUCAUAAAUUAAAAUGUAUGUAAUUCUUUUCAUUUUCUUCUUAUUUGAGAAGGUAUAGUUUAAAUAGAUGGACUGUCGUCUUGAAAUUUUUAACAAAAAUCAGUCAUCACUGAAAGAAGAUCUACUACAAAUUUUAUCUUUUCUUGACUUCAAAUUCUAAAAUGAUAAACGUUUUAAAUAUUGUGUUGUUAAAUAAAAAAUUAUAUAAAUCGGGAGAUUCUAUCUAAAGAUGAGAAUAGAAUGUCCAAAAUCUAAUAAACCUUAUUAAGUAAGUGACGAUAGAAGAAUAAAAAUAUUAUGUACACGAAUAUACCCAUUGAUUUUAUGCUGUUUAUGUCACUGUCUCGUGUCAAUAAAAAUUGCAAAUUCUAAGAGA